CCACCAUCAUUUCCCUCAAGACUGACCCCGCACACUAAAAAAUGGCCUCCAGAGCGUUGCUCAAAAUCAAGAUAAACCAAAACCUUCCUUUUCGUUUUCUCUCCAAAACUAAUUCAAUUCUAACCCGAUCCGUUGUCCCGUUAGCACAGCCCGAAGCCUCGAAACUCUCCCUCAAUAACAAUUUUUCGCUUCUGGGCGGCGUGACCUAUAGCCUAUUUGCUAGACAAAUGGGUACUAGUAAGUCUCCAUCAACGUCACGUGGUAGGCAUCCUUUGAGUGAUGAGGAUGAUGAAGAUUUCGAUGGGAAAAGCGAUGAUGAGUCUGAAUUUGAUGAUGAAUUCAAUGAUGGAGAAGAUGAAGAGGAAGAAGAGGAGGCACCGAAGAAGAAGUUUUCUUCUAGGAAAUAAUUACGAUAUCUUGUUCCAUUUGAAUUUGCGAUGUAUGGAUCAUUCAUGUUUAAUAAAUUUACUGUUUGUUUGUCUCUU